CAAAUGUGGGAACCAAAAAAAGAUGAAAAGUUCAAAUUUAUUGACACCCUAGAUUACCAUAAAAUGCAAAAAUCGACUAAAAAUGAAGAAGGUACAGAUGAAGAUGCUCCCCGUAUAUAUAGUGUAAGCGGACCAGUGGUAAUAGGUGAGAAAAUGGCCGGCUGUGCAAUGUUUGAGCUUGUGAAGGUGGGCACGAUUGGAAUACUCGGCGAAAUUAUAAAAAUUGAUAAUGAUCGAGUAACUAUCCAAGUGUAUGAGGAAACGAGUGGGCUGAGAGUAGGUGAUCGCAUAGUGCCAUUGCACAAACCGUUAAGUGUGGAGCUAGGUCCUGGACUAUUGGAGAACAUUUUUGAUGGGAUACAGCGGCCUUUAAGGGACAUCUUCGCUGAGAAGAAAGAGAUUUUCAUACCGCGAGGUGUAGACAUCCCGGCAUUAGAUCGCAAUAAAAGAUGGCGCUUUGUGCCCGUAGUGAAAGUGGGUGAUGUACUCGAAGGUGGUGAUAUAUUCGGUGAGGUUGACGAAAAUACACUGGUGAAACACCGGAUUCUAGUUCCGCCUGAUAAAGCGGGUAAAGUCAGUUUUAUCGUUAGCGAAGGGGAGUAUACGCUGAAGGACACGGUGAUGCGUUUAAUCACAAAAGACGGCGAGUACAUGUUGAGAAUGAGCCAUGAAUGGUCGGUACGCACGCCCCGUCCAGUCAAGCAGAAACUAAUGGCCAAUUAUCCGCUGUUUACAGGACAACGGAUUCUUGAUUCAUUGUUCCCGUGUGUACAGGGUGGUACCACGGCCAUUCCCGGAGCAUUCGGGUGCGGUAAGACUGUGAUAUCGCAAAGCCUGUCAAAAUACUCAAAUUCGGAUAUUAUCGUGUACGUGGGAUGUGGUGAGCGGGGGAAUGAAAUGGCGGAGGUGCUUAUGGACUUUCCACAGCUUAAGAUACGGGGUGAAAGCAUUAUGAAACGUACUAUUCUUGUAGCUAACACUUCGAAUAUGCCAGUAGCUGCGCGUGAAGCGAGCAUAUAUACAGGAAUUACUAUUGCUGAAUAUUUCAGGGACCAAGGAUACAACGUGAGUAUGAUGGCUGAUUCAACUAGCAGAUGGGCUGAGGCACUCCGGGAGAUCAGCGGAAGAUUGGCAGAAAUGCCAGCUGAUUCGGGAUAUCCCGCGUAUUUAGCAGCAAAACUUGCGUUCUUUUAUGAAAGAGCAGGUAAGUGUGAGCUGCUUGGCAGUGACGCGAGAAAUGGCAGUGUUACGAUUGUAGGUGCCGUAUCACCACCAGGUGGGGACUUUUCGGAUCCAGUUACAGCAGCUACACUCGCAAUUGUGCAAGUCUUCUGGGGAUUGGAUAAAAAAUUGGCACAAAGGAAGCAUUUUCCUUCGAUAAAUUGGAAUCUGAGUUAUUCUAAAUACAUUAAGAGCCUUGAGGAAUACUACAACAGAAUCGAUCCCAGGUUCAUUACCGACAGAAAGCUAUGUAAGGAGAUUUUACAAAUGGACGACGAUUUAAAUGAAAUUGUUCAAUUGGUCGGCAGAAAUUCAUUGAGCGAACGAGAUAAGCUUACAUUAGACGUAUCGAAACUGAUCAAAGAAGACUUUCUACAGCAAAAUGGAUAUUCUGAGUAUGACCACUACUCGCCAUUCCUCAAGACAAGGCUUAUGUUGAGCAACAUCAUUCUUUACUACCAAAACUCACUUAGAUGUAUUCAAAAUGGUAUCUUGUGGGACAAAAUACGCAAAAAAACCAACGAUGUGUUUAUCAAACUCAUGAAAAUGAAAUUUGAGUACGGUGAUGGAUUGGAGAAAGCGUUGUUUGCCGUCAAAAAGCAAAUUGAAGAUGAAUUCAAAGUUUUUAUCUGAUAAGUAAAGAGGAUAUUCUUUAAGCCAA